CCGUCGCUUCGUCAGUUAUCCGAACGAAAGAUUCCAACACCGAAUUUGGGAAAUACAUCCCCUGGCGACGAAAAUAAUACGAAGACAUCUGCUGUGUGGUAUACAACUCAAGCAUCUACGACUGAACGUGCAUAAACUUAGUUUAAAGCGCAUUAUUUUCUAACUUCUGGAGCGCAAUUUGACUACAUUUCACUUUCAAGAUGAGCAAAGUGAAAGCGAUCGGGAUUGAUUUGGGGACGACCUAUUCCUGUGUUGGUGUGUUCCAGAAUGGCAAAGUGGAGAUUAUUGCCAAUGACCAGGGGAACAGGACCACGCCGAGUUAUGUUGCCUUCACCGACACGGAGAGGCUCAUUGGAGAUGCUGCAAAGAACCAAGUUGCCAUGAACCCCAAGAACAGCAUCUUCGACGCGAAGCGCCUGAUUGGCCGAAAGUUCGAGGACCAGACGGUCCAAGCCGAUAUGAAGCACUGGCCCUUCGCCGUGGUCAACAAAGCAGGGAAACCAAUGAUCCAAGCCGAGUACAUGGGCGAGACCAAACAGUUUGCAGCCGAGGAAAUCAGCUCCAUGGUCCUGGUCAAGAUGAGGGAGGUUGCCGAGGCAUACCUGGGCCAGAAGAUCAAAGACGCCGUGGUGACGGUGCCGGCUUACUUCAAUGACCAGCAGAGGCAGGCCACCAAGGAUGCUGGUGUGAUCGCUGGGUUGAACGUGCUGAGAAUCAUCAAUGAACCGACGGCUGCUGCUUUGGCCUACGGCCUGGACAAGAAACUGACGGGAGAGAAGAAUGUUCUCAUCUUCGACAUGGGCGGCGGUACCUUUGACGUGUCCAUCCUCAGCAUUGAUGACGGAGUCUUCGAGGUGAGAUCUACGGCCGGAGAUACGCAUCUCGGCGGGGAGGACUUUGAUAAUCUCUUGGUCAGCCACUUGGCUGCCGAGUUUAAGAGGAAACACAAGAAGGACAUGACCAAUAAUCCAAGGUCCAUGAGGCGUCUCCGAACGGCUGCCGAGCGUGCAAAGCGUACGUUGUCCAGCAGCACAACGGCCAACAUCGAGGUCGACUCGCUGAUUGACGGCAUUGACUUCUACACCAGUGUCAGCAGGGCACGUUUCGAAGAGCUUUGCUCCUCGUUGUUCAGAAAAUCUCUCGGACCUGUUGAGCAAGCUCUUGUGGACGCUAAGCUGGACAAACGUAAGAUUGACGAGGUGGUGCUGGUGGGAGGCUCAACUCGCAUCCCAAAGAUACAGAAGUUGCUUCAAGAUUUCCUGAACGGCAAAGAGUUGAAUAAGUCCAUCAACCCAGACGAGGCGGUUGCAUACGGAGCUGCCGUCCAAGCCGCUAUUCUCACCGGGGAUGAUAGUAGCGAGGUGAAGGACAUCCUUCUCGUUGACGUAGCACCCCUCUCCCUGGGGAUUGAGACGGCAGGAGGAGUCAUGACGAAGCUGAUCGAACGUAACACUCGUAUCCCAACCAAAGCGUGUAACACCUUCACUACAUACUCGGACAACCAACCCGGUGUCAACAUCCAGGUGUUCGAGGGUGAGCGACCUAUGACCCAGCACAACAACCUCCUGGGAACCUUUGAACUCUCUGGCAUUGCACCUGCUCCACGCGGCAUCCCUCAAAUCGAAGUCGCCUUCGACAUCGACGCCAACGGUAUCCUGAACGUCUCCGCUAAGGACAAGGGCACGGGAAAGAGUAAAAGCAUUGUGAUCAAGAACGAAAAGGGACGCCUUUCGCAAGCCGAUAUUGACCGUAUGCUGUCGGACGCCGAGAAAUACAAGGCCGAAGACGAGGCGCAGAGGGAACGUGUGACGGCUCGAAACGGGCUGGAGGGGUACGCCUUCAGCCUCAAGCAAGCCGUGAACGAAGUCCCUGACGGGAAGCUGACGGACGCGGACAAGAAGAUGGUGGAAGACGCCGUCAAGGACACCCUGGAUUGGUUGGAUAAAAACUCACUUGCGGAGGUGGACGAGUUCAAACACAGGCAGGAGGAACUCACGAAGACCUGUUCGCCCAUCAUGUCCAAGAUCCACGGAGGCGGUGGUGGGGCUGGUGGGCCAGGGCCGCAGUGUGGGGCAGGAGGUUACAGUAACGGCGGGAGCAGCAACCAAGGACCUACAGUUGAAGAGGUCGACUAAACAUAGACUUGGUUUCAAGUCUGUUUGUCAUUUAUAGCGCCCUGAGUUUAUACUGCGAAAACAUUACUUUCAUAAUCAUCAGAAGUGCAAUCGCUUCGUCUAAGGGUGUACACGUUUAACAGAGUAAUAAUAAAAUUGUUUUUUUUCGCAUAAUUCACAGAAGUAAAUUCGGCACAUCAUCAAGAAUAAUUCAAAAUGUCGGCACCAUUUUCACUGCUUCAGAAAAACAUGGCAAUUUCAAGGGUGUUUCUGAAACAUAUAACUAUUGACUGUGAUUUUGUAAAAAAAUCAGCCUUUUUGUAAAAAGAACACACUCUUCUAUUUAUUUUUUUUUUGUGUAAAAUCUGAUAUUUGUUGUUGUCUAAAAAGUCUAAAGCGUGAUAUGUUAACGACUCCUUUUGAUGAAGUGACGUAGUUUUUAGAAAGAGGUAGUUUCUCACUUAAUCUAUAAUGAAGACUUAAUCUAGGAAAGACAAAUUAAUAUCUGGAUGCACAUAAAUUAUUGUGCAACAAUGGUGUUUUUUCUUGUGCUGUUUUCUUGCAACUACCAUGACCAGCUGAGCCCAUUUAAUUAAUUGCUGUUGUUUAUGCAUAAUGUUGUGAUACACUAAGUGAGGAUACUGGUCUUUGACAAAAAUACUAAACGUAUCCAGUGCUAACUUACCACUAUUAAAGAAAAAAAACAGUUAUUGUAAUAGUUUAACCAAUAAUUAACCGUAUAACUAAACUUAGAGCAAAGUAAGUUUAUGAUUAUAAAAAUAGUGUUUUCAUGCAUCUACUUGUGCCAAAACGUCUUGUAAUAACUAAUGAUAAUGACAAAUUGUGUAUGCAAAUUUUGAAUAAAACUCUGUCGUUAAUGUGAGGCUGCUCGCUGCUUAUUACCGUAAAAGAAUCGCAAUAUUUAUUAUGUCAAUUGUGUGUAGUAUAGUUAAAGAGUAUCUAAAAUAACACAUUGUUUUAAUUGAAUCACACCAUUGGAUUAACUGAAAUACUGCUAGUUAAUUAUAGUGCACUAUCAGGCGAAGAUAUUUUCUGUAGUUGUUAAAAACAAUGUACGCCAUGUUGAAAAAAAAAAAAAAUUCGCAUUCACUGUCCGCCCAUUAGAAAAAUGUUCUUGUUGUUUUUUUAAGCAAAAAAAAUGAAUUUAUCUUUCUACUUUUAAAUUACUGAUAAGAGUAAUAAAUACUGACUAUAAUUUUUAACAGACUCGUCACAUUAUUUUUAGUAAAAGCAAAUUUUAAGAGUUGGGUUGAGUUUUAAAGAGUUAUUCGUAUCUGAAUUUAAUGUAAAUAGUAAACUAAUAUUUUGAUCCUUCAUGAAAUAGUUUUACUAACCUGUGUCUGUUGAACUUGUUUAGUUUCGAUUUAAUUUUUGAGAUUAAGUUACAUCGUUGUUUUUGAAAGAUCUGAAAUCGGUUCUCCAUUCAUUUUUUUCUUUUUUUUAUACUCAUGAAUAAUUAACUAGGAUAUUCAGAGCAAUAUUCUCAAAAUAAAACAAAUAGUUCGAGUGGUACUAGACGAAAGUUCGAAUGUGGCGGGUUAUUAAUUAAUUUGUUGUUCUUCAAAUAAUGCAUUAUGGAAGUUUUGGUAAAAAAAUGUGUUCUUAAUCAAUGUUUCACGUUUUGUACUUUAAACAGUUUGUGUUUUAUAGCACUAUUGAUUUCAUUAUUAGAUAAUAAAUAUAAAAAAUUAUCUAAGACUUGAAUGCAUAAUGCAAGCAAAUAAAAAUUAGUUUUGCGGUUUGAUGCAUAAUCACUAUGUUACUGUAUUUUUUUCAUGAGCAGUUGCAAUACAGCAUAAUAAAAAAAUUAUUUAUUUAUGAAUAAUAGA